GUGCAGACGCUAGGCCAUGGCACACAUAGAGUAGACAAUUGCAACUACCAUACGAAGACUCACAUUUCAGACCCUCUUGGCCCAGAAAACAUAGAGCCUGAAAUGACGCCACCUUGGCGAGGCGAGCUCUGUUAGCCCCGUGGGUGAUCGAAUUGCUCCAUUGGAUCUCUUCACUCAGAAGGGCCGCUUUCACCCCUGAGCCGACGUCGAGCUCAGCCGCUCGCCUAGGAUGCAGGAGUUUUAUGCUGACCCCGGCUCGCUUGAGCGGCCGGUCCUAGUUGUUGGAGCUGGCGUGGCUGGGCUCCAGGCAGCUCGGGCGCUACUGAAGCGGGGUCUGCAGGUGGUGGUGCUGGAGCAGUCUGAGGAUGUGGGAGGCGUCUGGAUACGGAACUACGCUGGUUAUGGGCUUCAAGUGCCGUGGGAGAACUACCAGUUUCCGGAGUUCCCCUACCCGCGCAAGACUGAGUUGGAGCAAUACCCCAGCGGCGAGCAAGUGCGGGAGUAUGUUCAGUCCUACGCCCGGCAUUUUGACCUGUACCGGCACAUUCUGUUCAGCUGCAAGUUGAUUAGCCUGCGCCGGAAAGUCCCGGUGCCGCCCGCUGCUGGCUCCGGUCCGGGCCACGGCCUCCGCCCCGGCACAGGACCAGGGCCAGUGGCGGAAAAGCGGAUGUCAACCGAAUUCCACACGUCAGCAUCCGCCAUGUCUGGCGCGAACAACGACGCACGCCGCAGCGGCAGCGCCAGCACCAACGGCUUUGGCCCCAUGGCUCCCCGCGCCUCAGCUGGAAGCGCCGCUACGGUGGCGGCGGGUAGCGGCUGGGGCGGUCACGCCACGUCCCCGCCCCCGCACUCGACCAUGGGGCGGCGCAGCUUUGGCACCGUGUUCAGCUCCUCAGCCAAACGGCUGUUUGGACAGCUGGUGGGUGGCGGCGGCGGAGCGCAAGGCAGCGGCGUGCACAGCAGCGCCAGCGCAGUUACGAUGCCGUUGCAAGACGGCGUGGCUGCAGGCCGGCCGGCCGUGCGCGGCGCGGGUGCGGGUGCUAUUGGGGGCCUAAACUCGCGCGGUGGCGGCUCUACCACGGAGCAGGUGGCGCGGACGUUUGGCGGCGGCGCAAUGCAGCAGCCUUCGCCCGUGACUGCCGGCGCGGCGGCGGCCGAGCGCAUGGGUGGCGCCAGCAACGGCGGCGGCGCCGCUCCCUCGGGCGACGGCCCUGACUCUGCCGGCGCCCGCGGGCCUGUGUCUGGCUCGGCUGGGCUGUCGGGGAGCAGCAGCACCAGCGGGGAGCACGCCGACGGUCCAGACGGCACCAGCAACACCGGCGCCGGCUCGGCGCAGGCCAAGAGCUCCACCGCUGGCGCCACCGUCAACCACAGCAGCAAGGGCGGCAACCUGCCCACGACACGCGGCGCGGCACCCCGCGUGCCGCCGUCAGGCGCCAAGGGCGCAGCCAGGGGCAGCUCUCCCAGCCGCAGCGGCUCCUGGGCAGACGCCCGCCGCAUCCGCCGGCAGCAGCAGCGCGUGGCGGCGGCGGAGCGCGCCGCCGCCGCGGCGGCGGACGGCGCGGCGGCGCGGCGGGCGGGUCUGGCGGGCGACGGUUGGUUGGCGCUGUACGAGGACAUGACCACGGGCAAGCAGUACAUGCUGGAGGUGUCGUACGUCGUACUGGCCACGGGGCUGUACGCCACGCCCUUCAUCCCCAGCAUCCCCGGCCAGGAGCUGUACCGCGGGCUGCAGGUGCACUCCAAGGACUUCACGGACGCGGCGGUGGCGGCCGGCAAGGAGGUGCUGGUGGUGGGCGCGGGCAAGACGGCGGCGGACAUUGUGACCGAGCUCACUGCCACCAGCCAGGCCAGCCGCGUCACGCUGCUGUAUCGCCGGCCGCACUGGCCGCUGCCUCGCGCCGUGGGCCCCGUCACCAUCAAGUCGCUGGCCUACACGCGCCUCAUCAGCAGCGCGCUACUGCCCUACUACUACGACGCCGGGCCCGGCGGCAAGGCGGCGGCGGCCUGCCUCACGCCGCUGCGCAAGGCGUUCUGGAUCCGUUUCAUGGCCAAGGUGAAUCAGACGUUUGGCGUGAAGAAGACGAUGGGCGCGCCCGACCGGCCCAUCUGCCAGGACAUAUGGUACAGCGGGCAGGUGCUGGAUGCGGUCAAGUGGCCGGACGUGAUCAACAACCCCAAAGUGCAGGCGCGGCAGGGCGAGGUGGAGUACUUCACGCCCGUGUCGGCGGUGCUCCGUGACGGCACCGAGCUGCAGCCCGACAUUGUGCUGUACGCCACCGGCUACAGCAACCAGUACACCUUCCUGGAGCCCGACGUGCGCGAGUCCAUCAACGUGCAGCACGACGGCGUGUACCUGUACCGCCACGUGCUGGUGCCGGGGCUGCCCGGGCUGGCCUUCGUGGGCGCCGAGGUGUCCACCUUCAACAACAUCCUCACAGCCGCGCUGCAGGCGGAGUGGUUGGCCUCGGCUCUGGCGGGCGAGGUGGAGCUGCCGCUGCCUCACGCCAUGGCCGCGGACGUGGAGGCCCAGAUGGAGUGGCGGCGCCGCACCAUGCCGCCGCACAAGCUGCGCGGCAGCAGCGUCAUGCUGUACAUGCAGGCCUACCACGACCAGCUGGUCCGGGACAUGGGCGCCGCCACACACCGCAAGCAGCCCAGCUUCCGCCACCCCUUCGCGGAGUGCUUCGAGCCCUACACCGCCCUUGACUACUCGGACGUCUUCAUGCGCGACCCGCUCAAGGUCGCCGCCAGCGGCGCCGCGCUGGCUCAGGCCGCCGCCGUCCCGACGGCGGCCGCCGUCGCCGUCGGCCGCGCCACCGCUGCGGCGGCGCUCGCUGCCAACGGCACCGUCGACAACGGCACCGACGAGUCGAACGCCGCCAACGGCACGACGGUGGAGGCGGCGGCGGCGGCUGUGGCCGCCGCCGCCAACGCCACCGCCGGCACGGCGACGUCGCCGACUGUGCUUGGCACCACUAACAACGCCAGCUGCUCCGCCGCCGCCAGCUCCGGCGCGUACUUCACAUCGCUGCGGGCGUCGAACAGUACGGGGGCGCAGUGGGCGCCGUGCCGUACCUCCACGUUGGCGUCCAACGGCCUUGGCGGCUUCUCCAACUACACGGCCGUGCACAGCAACAGCAACGGAGGGCCCAACUCGGGCGCGGGGCCCUCCCCCGUGCGGCCGGGCGGCGCGCCUGGCGCCACUGCCACCGCUGCAGCCAGCAACAUCUACACCAACAAGACCAUUGCCGGUCUGGCAGCCAUCAGCGCGCGCAACGGUAUGGGCGCCAGCAACGUCCGCAGCCCACCAUGGAUCUACGCACCCAUGGCAGCAGGCGCCAUUGCGGCCGCCGCCGCCCUGCAACCUGCAACCACCCAGGCGGCGAUGCCCAACGCCGCCGCACGUGCGGCUGCCGGCGCCACCAUGUCCGGCUCCCGGCCUCCCCUCGUCGCGCCGCAGCGCACGGCCUCCUUCACUCCCGCCUCCGCCUUCACCUCUGCCGCGACCGCAAACGCCGCGGCUGCCGCACAGACGCUGCCGCCCAACGCCGCCGCCACCGCGGCCGCGGCGGGCGUGUUGUUGGGCAUGUCACCACGGCACGGCGGGCACGGCACGGGCACGCAGCAGCAGCACCACAACGUGCCGCUGGACCCGCUGGCUCCCUCGGAGAUUGAUGAGGACGAGCCCAAGGCCCGGGCGGUGGACGAGCAGGACACGCUCUACUCCCUGGACGCGCUGCCGCCGGCGCUGCAAGCCUUCCGCCGCACCCGCGUCCGGAGCGACGCUGCGGCGCGCCCCAGCACCGGCGGCGGCAUCCUGGACGCCAUGGAGGAGUAUGCGGACGAGUACGACGAGGCCGCAGGCGACUCCCAGGUCUACAGCGACACGCCUCAGCAGCAGCAGUAUCGCAUCAGCGGCGUCGUGGCGCCGCCGCCUGGCGGCGGCGCCGCCGCCGCCACCGGCAACGGCUUCGCCGCUCCGUCGGGCACGCUGUCGCGCGUGACUGGCAGCGGCCCGACGCCCGGCACCUCGCAGCUGCGCACCAGCGCCGCCGGCAGCAGCUACGGCCCCAGCAGCGGUGGCGUGCUGCUCCAGGGCGCCGCCAGCAGCCCAGUGCCAACGGCGGCGGCGGCGGCGGUAGGAGCCCCGGCGGGCAGCUCGCCGGGCUCAACCUACGUGAUCCUCGCACGCCACUCCGGUGCUACCGCUGACAGCGCCGGCGGCGGCGGCGCCGUUGCGCGCGUGAGUGGCGGCGGCAACUCCGCCACCGCCCAUGCCGCCGCUGCUGGGCUGGUGAUGGGCCGCGUCAGCACCAGCAGCAGCGGUGCCGCCAGCCAGAGCAGCACCGGCGCCGUCAGCACAGCCACCGCCAGCAGCAAGGCCAGCAGCCACCGCCCGGUGCAGCGGGGGCUGUCGCUGGCGACGCUGCUGCUGCGCCGCCGCAACGCAGCCAACGCCGUCUAUGACGUCAGCAGCAGCCGCAUCGAGCCCACCUCCGCCGCGGUCAACGAGCUGGGUUACCGCGUGCUGCCGCCGCGUCAUGUGGAGGAGGCGAUGGCGGCGGCGGCGGCCGCCGCCGCCGCCGGCCCCGCCGCCGCCGGUAAGCGGCAGUCGGGAGAUGGGCGCGCCGCGGCGGCGGUAGCGGCUCAGGCGGCGGCGCGCCGCACGGCCGGUGGAGGAGUCGUGACCAGCGGCGCUGCCAACGUCACGCUGCAACGCGUCACCAUCGGCGGCGCGACGCAGUCGCCGGCGGCAGUUGGCACGUUCACAGUGCCGCGGCAGAGCAGCCAGGAGGCGGCGAAUGCGGCCGCCAUCGCGACGCCGUGCCGGCCGGUGAACGCAGUGGCGGCACCGGCACCCGGUGACGUUACAGCGACGCCGACGACCGGCGCCGGCCCCGGCCGUUCAACCUCCCGCCGGCGCAUCUCCGCCGACUCGGUUGCCCCGUCGACCGCCUCUGGCUCGGCCAGCCUCUCCAGCGCCGAAGGCCUGCUUCCGCAGCCGCCUACGCAGCAGGUUGCGGCGGCGGCAGCUGCUGACGCAGGCCGCAUCGCGAGCGCCGUCAAUGCCGCCGCCGCUGCGGCAGCGGCAGGCCGUUGCCAGGCUGGCGCCGCUGCCAUGGCGGCGGCACCGGCGGCAGGCGCCGCUGCUGCCGGCUUUGCCGCGUCUGAGGUUAGCGAUUACGAUGGCCAGUCUGGCUUGACGCGCGUGCCGUCGAUCUCUGCUAGCAGCGGCAUCAGCUACAUGCCGUCAGGCAGCACAGCCUUCAUUGCGCCCGCAACGCACUCGGCGCAACAGCAACAGGCACAGCAGCAGCGGCAAGUACCCCGGCAGCAGCAGCGGCAGCAGCCAGCCGUGUCGUACUUCAACCACAUCACCUCGCACUACGGCGCCGCCGAUGCGGCUGCCGCCGAGGCGGUCGCUGCAGCCGCCGCCGCCGCCGACAGCGCGUCCGCGGUCACCGGCAUCGAGUACCAGUCUGACAUUGUUGGCGCACACGCCGUUCAUCGCUCGCCGCCCUCCAUUUCCGCCAGCAGCGGCAUCAGCUACAUGCCAUCGGGCAGCACAGCCUUCGUGGCGCCGACGCAGGCGCUCGCCGUGCACCCGCAGCCGCGCGGCACGCCCGCGGCGGCACAGUCCCAGCGCCAAGGCCACGCUCACGUUGCGCACCCGCAAGACCCGCGCCGCGAGUACCUACAGAAUGUGGUGGAGCACGUGCAGGGCCGCAGCGUGGCCGCCGGGGCCCGCAACACGGACAGCGGCGGUGGCGGCGCCACAGAGUCCGAUGCGCCCGGCGGCGGCACGCGCAAUUGCAUGUCCAGCGGUCUCAGCUACGUCCCGGCCGGCAGUAGCUUUGGCCCUCAGCCGACGUUGCAGCUGCUGCCGCACUACCAGGUCAACAUCGUCGACAAUACCGGCAGUGCCAGCACUGCCAGCGCCUUCGGAGCUUACAACACCAGCGGCAGCACCAAGCUAGGCUACGUGUCCGGUAGCAGUGGUGCUGGCGUGCUGUACGCGAACGGAAAUGCUGUCGGCGGAGCCAACCACCACGGCAACGGUAACGGCUACACUGGCGGCGGCGUGCACAUGCCCGUCGUACACGAGCGGCGGCUGUCGGGUGCUUCGUACGCGAGCAGCGGUUACAGUUACAUGCCGUCGUGCUCAACCGUUGUGCCCCCGCAACUGGCCGCGCGCUCAUGAACGCAAUACUAGCAGGGUUGCUGAAGAUUCAAGGAGAUGGAAGAUUCUAUAAACUGGCGUAACUUGAAUGUUGUCCCGACGCAAUACGGGCGUCCAACCUCGUACAAUUAGUACGCCGAAGAGAAGGAUGCGUGAAUUGGAAGCACAGCUUUAUGUCUUUCAGGGCUGCCGUUGCUUGGUUGUCUAGCUCUGAUAAUACCAUGUGGCAAGGCAUGGCUGGGUCAGGGCCAUUUUCAGCGGUUAUCGGUCUGAGAUGGCGCUCGUGGGUGUCAAAGGGCUACAGCAUGAAAGCCAGCCGAUGGGUUGGUGCACGGGCAUCAUUGGGAUGCGCGUAUGGGCUCGCGUGGGGGUACCAAGAUAUAAAAGGUAUGCGCAAACCCAACAAACUAGAACUCCCCAGCAGUUGGAGAACAAGAUGGUGCGCGUCUGAACCUGGCGUGGCCCCACAGCAGCAUGUGUGCACGGUUUGUUUCAUAGCUUUAAAUGUGUACUUUCCUGCGUGUUCGGUUUUGUCCUUCGCAGCCUGCUAUAUGUGUCAUGUCAAUUGAUGUUCUUCCUGUUGCAAGACGUUGCCCAUGUGUGUCGCUCGGGCAUGUGUCUGUCACUUUGCAUGGUUGGGAGAUUCCUGCGCGCGAGCGCCCAGACUGUCUGACUGAGCGAGAGACAGGGAGUCAUUGCCUUCGGCAUUGCUUCGCGUGCUGCGUGGCUUUGCAUACGUUGAGCGCUGUGUGUGUGCCAUGAACACUUCUCAGUGUCUAUGGGAAUGUCAGCAGUUGGUGUUUCUUUACUUCUCUGGCUCGCUGAGUGCGAGCGACGAGUGCGAGCGACGGUGCAGCUGUGGCAUGAUACUCACCGAAGAAGCGCUGCCAUGUAUGGGCAGUUGUGGCAGGCUGCUUGCACUAGCGCAUACGGUAUGGCUUUGCAUUCCCGACUGUUGACAUGGAUAGGGGUGUGGAGAUGGUCUUAAGACAUGAAAUGUGGGGCUCUCCCCCUCCCCAAGGGAAACGUGUUCCUGGGGGGCUUCGGCUCCCAUGAAUCGCUGCGCUCUGGGGGCUCAGCCUCAGGGUCUGGGAAAGCAAAGGAAGGCCCAAAGCACAAGGCGCACACGUCAAUUGGUGUGGGCCUUCUGUUGGAUUUUGGGGCUGGCGCUGUAGCUGUUGAGGGGGUGUACAAACAAGAUGAUUGUUCACAGAUGCCUUCUGAACUUUUACAUGCCGGUUCGUGUCGUGUCCGCUGUGGUUCAGAAUACGGUAGCUUCAAAGGCAGGGUGCGGAGAAUUUAAGCUACUGAUCUGUGCAUGCAUCAUCCCCACACACCGCCAACUCGUCUUCGCGCGCAUCAGCCGAUAAUUCUCGACCAGGACCAUCCUUUGCAUACAAACUGUGUUCAUACGCAUGGCAGGACGGCAUGUGCGAAGGCGCUUGUUCUCCGCACAGUUAGUACCUUUUACCUUUUUUCAAUUUCCGUAAAUUAAACGGCAGCCACCUCCUUGUUCAAUUUCCGUAUCAUUUCCGGGCGCCCAUUGUAGGGGCUGUAGAGCCGCGCGGCAAGCUACAAGUGUGUAUGGUGCCCCUACGAGGAGGGCAGACCACAGCAUGUUACAACAUCCAGCUUUGUGCUGAGCGUGUAAUAUUACGAUCUG